AUGUAUCGCCAAACACCAUCAACAUUUUAUCUAUUAUGUUCCGUUAUUGCAAGUUUUAUUCAUUUAACAAUUGCAAUGAGUACAAGAAUACUUAUGGUUGGUUUUGAUAAUGAUUUAACAUCUUCAUCCCUUAUUUGGUGUAAAGCUCGUCAGUUUAUAAUUGCAACAUAUGCUCCAUUGGGAUUAACAUUUGCAUCUUUGGCUAUUUUUGAUCAAUUUUUAGUAACAUCAGGUAAUGUUCGUUUACGACAAUUUAGUAAUAUGGAAAAUACUCAUCGAAUUGUUGUUGCGUUUAUUAUUUUCUGGCAUAUUCAUAGUGUGCCUUUUCUUGUUUACAAUCAAAUACGGCUUCUAUAA